AUCUCACUCGAAAGCCGGUCUGCUCUCCGCCUAACCCGCAGACGGCGCCGCUCGACCCCUUCGCCGCUUCACGCCGCGGGCUGCGCCGCUUUCCUCUCGAUCUCACUCCGCAGCCCCGCCCAUCGCCAUCCCUUCCUCCGCCUCACGCUUCUGGCGGCACCGCCUUCGUCUCUACCUAACGCCCGCCCUUGUUUUCGCCUCACCCAGCAGAUCAGGACGCCUUCCUCCCUGCUCUCUUUCUGUGAGUGGAGGCUCUAUAACAAAAUUGCAUUUGCUAGGCUUUCUGUAUAGUUUAUCUGUAACUAUAGUUUGGCCGAAGUUUAAGAAUGGAUGAGGUUGCACAAGCUGUUGCAAAUAUCAAGAAAGAAUGGGAUCAGUCGAUUCUGCAGAUUCAAGAGCACAUCAAGUCCAUUGAAAGUUGUGGAACAUCUGGAAGAGGGACAGAAGAAGCAAAUUCUCUUCCUAGAUUAAAUGGUGCUGCACAAGAUGCACUCGCACUGCUUAGAUCAUUGCAGUUUAAACUUGAUUUUCUUGCCCAGCAGCUUUCCACGGAAGAAGAAAUGCAAUCUGCCCAGCUAACUUUAGAAUUUUGGAAGGAACAGUACCAAACUUUGCAUUCGAGUUUGAGGAAUGCCAAUUUACAAGCCAAAAGCAACAUAAGAAAAGCUGCUCAGGAAGAGAGGGAGCUUCUUCUAGGAGGUGGUGAAGAGUCCACAAUUCGCAGGCGUAAUUUGCAGACAAAGGUUGGCAUGACCUCUGCUGCAGAAAGCAUUACGGAGAGCCUUCGCCGGACUCGUCAAAUAAUGGUUCAGGAGGUGGAAAGAAGUGCAAAUACUUUGGCAACUUUUGAGGAAUCAACGGGUGUCUUGAGGAAGGCUGAAAGUGAAUACAAAGGACACCGGUCUUUGCUGAUGCGUACCCGCAACUUGCUUUCAACGAUGCGUCGGCAGGAUGUUCUUGAUAGGGUGAUAUUAGUGGUUGGUUUUAUCGUGUUCAUAUCUGCGGUGCUGUAUGUUGUUUCAAAGCGCAUCGGGCUGCUGUACCUACAGAGGAAGAUAGCUGCUGCUAUCAAGGCAGGCUCGGCACGAGAGAUUGGCAAAGAAAUCCCGGGAGUUGGAGAUGGCAUGAAUGGUCGGUAGUCAAAAUGGCUACACACCUUUAGCAAAAGGUACAAAAACCGCAUGUUUAUGGUGAACAUUGAAUUGAGAAAUCCGUGCACUUGUAAAAUCUUGUCAUUACUUCACCUUUUAUACUGUAACAUGUUGUUUAUU